AUGGGGUAUUUUAAAAACAGGCCACCCUUUCAAAAGAGAGUGGCAAACUCAUCCCUCUUAAGCUAAUCUGAUGAGAUAUUGUUGGAUGAUCUAUUGUUCCUAAUUUCUUGCUUUGAGAACAACCAUUCAGAAUUUAUAACUAAAGCACCCUCAUAUUACAUAGAGCAAUACUUUACUUUAACGAGUGAACAGGAAUUUGCGAAUUCUUAUAUCAUUAGAAACAAAGUGCUAUUAACGUGUCAUUUGAUGCUUCAUGAAUUUUAAUUGGGUAUUGACUUUGCUGACCAUUUCCUAAAUUAGAAAUUUAAUGCUUUGUUGAAUAAAAAAUCACCUCCUCUCGUGAAAACAAAUACAUAAAAGGAAGAAUGGCUCUCCUCCAAUAUUUAAUUAAGUUACUUUUAAUAUCUGCAAAAACUUGCUGUGAACAUCCAAGUUUUCCAUGCCUGCAAAGUACAACAAUAUCCAUUGUUUUAAGAAGGAUAAAAGUUUAUUGACAUCCAAACUAAAUUGCUAUGGUUAUUCAAGAUUAGUAAUUUGGUUAAUAGCGGAUUGGGCUAGAUGGAAAUUUUAAAAUAAGCAUUGCAAAUGGUUCCUGAUGAUAUGCUUUUGAAGGAGAUAGUCUUAGUGUACUGGUCUGAUAUAAUAGUAUUCUACAAUUUUCUUAGUAAAGAAAUCUUACAACUAUUAGACUAUUAUAGACAUUUAGCCACUCACAUUUGUCUUUAAUUCUAUGAACUCUACUUACAAUUGUUUCAAAUCAGGAACUCAAUCUCAGAUCUUUAUAAAUAUCGCAAGCAUUUCGACAGAGACAAUGUCAUUAAGCAACCAAAAUGGUUCGAUGUGAAUAAACCAGUGCAUAAACAAAUAGAAGAAUUUAUGUUGAAACAAAAAUUAAACAUGGGCAAUCAUACAGACAGAGGUGCCUUAAAACCUCAAAUAUCAAGUAGAGGAUCCAAAUCUCAAAUCGCUUUUGACACUAGAAUAGACUUAAGUAAAUUACCAAGAAAAGAUAACACCAUUAAAACCCAUAGAGCAGGAAGAUAGGGGGAUAGUGAAGGUGACGACGAAGAUUUUGAACAACUAAAAUAAAUCUUGUAAAACUAAAAUAUCUAAACUAAAUUAACAAUGAAAAAAUAAUAAUAAUAAUAAAAACAAGAUUCUUAAGUUUCCUUUUAAAAAUAAUCUCAAGAAGAAGGAACAGAUGUACCAAAAGGAGAUUGA